AUGUAUGAGAAACGGUACUACGUCAGCGUCGCCUACGCUGGAAAUCACAUCUACGCCUUGGGAGGACAUAACGGGGAAAAUCAAGGGCGGUUGGACACGGCCGAACGGUAUACCUUGGACGAAAACCUGUGGCAGACUAUUGCCUCAAUGAAUCGAGUUCGCAGUGAUGCUGCCGCUGCGGAACUCGGUGGUCGGGUCUACGUGGCUGGUGGAUUCGAAGGAAGGCGUUACCAUGAUUCAGCUGAAUACUAUGAACCAGAUACGAACCAGUGGACGUUGAUUAGUCGAAUGCAUUCUCCUCGAGGCGGGAUAUCGCUCGCACAACAGGGAGGCUAUUUGUACGCAAUCGGUGGGAACGAC